AUGCACCAGAGAUAUGGAAAGAGGGUGAAGAAAAUGCAGAGGUUAAGGAGGCAUGCAGAAACAUUAACAAAUAUGGAAGAGAAAAAAAGAGGAAAAGUGCAAGAGAAACUCACGGCGGCCUUGACGCAGGGGAGCGGCGACGACGGUCCCCAAGGCCGAGGCCGGCACCGGGACGCCGGCGGCCGAGGCCCGUUCGUGCCGUGCCCGCUGUGCCGGUGCGCUAGGGACCGGCGGAGCGUCCGUGCCCAGGCCGGCACGCCGGGGGCCGCCCGCGCCGAGGGAGAGGAAGAGGCCACGCGCGACCGUGACGGCACGGCAGACGGAGGAUGCGCGCGAGGCGACCUCGCAGCCGCAACAACCCGGCAGGGCGAGGACGCGGUGGCGCCGGCGCAGGGAUCCAGCGACUUCACGGGAUACGGAACAAAGGUCGAAGCGAGUGGGAGAAAGGGCAGCGCGGUUCCCAGGCGACGAAAGAUAGGGCGAGGUAACCGUCGUGGACGCCCGGACGAGGGGAGUGACCGAGCGGACGGGGAGGGAGCGAUUGGCGGCGUGGCCUUGCGGUUGCGGAGGCGGAGCGACGCUGAGGGUAUGGUUUUCCCAAAGCGGCGAGAACAGAAUCCUCUUUUACUCUACUGCGACCGCCGCCGAGAAGGCCACGGCAAUGGCUUUCGAGGCUUCUUUGAGUGCCACCUCCCGCACGGGACGGACGCGCCACGGCUCCACGUCUUUGACGCCGGGUAUGGCGGAAGCAGGAGCACGCGGUUUUGGUUGCAGUUCAGUGGUAGGAGCUUCCUGCUCCCUCAGGGCUCAGGCUGCACAUGCUUGUUCGCGUCGCUCACGGCUCACCGUCUUGAUAGCCAGCGCGCGAUAGAUCGGCGGAGCCUUCGGGCACGCUCGUCCAGGAAGAAGUAUCCAGCAGGAAGAAUGGAUGAGACAGGGGAUGCUCUGAGGUCCUGCAUGGAGCAGCUGCUCCUUGUCAGGGACGAGAAAGAGCGGCUUAUAAUUGAAGCAACCAAUAAGAUCUCUUCUGAGCAGAAGAAGACGCUACAUUUACAGCAGAAGUUCGAAGAUGCAAACAAACAGUUUGAGAAGGUCAUUACAGAAAACUACAAUCUUUGCAACACUGUUGCCUCAAAGGAGAAGCUGAUCAAAGAGCUGAAAGAAUCCAAAGCACAUUCAGACCAGGAGUUGACCGAUGCAACCGCAAGGCUUGAGUUUUCACAGAAACAAUGCGCCUCCCUCAGGUCCGAGGUGCGCGUGCUUCAGGAGGAGCUUGAGAUUCGGAGCAAGGAGCGAGAGUAUGACCUCAAAUCAAUAGACGCUGCUCGGAAGAAGCAGCAGGAGAGCACGAAGAAGAUCACUGCGCUAGAAGCAGAAUGCCAGAGGCUGCGGACCAUGGUUCAGAAGCGUCCGCCAGGUCCUGCGGCGUUGGCAAAAAUGAAAGAUGAGGUCAAGCGACAAGGUUCUGGUGCUGCCGAGAAUGGAGCAAGAAGGCCCCGUGCAGGUGCAGCAGUGCAGCCACAGCAGCCGAGGCAUUCCAUGUCUGAAGGUCACCUAGUCAAGCUGCAGGAAUUGGGUGAUGAAAACAGACAGCUCAGGCAGUUGUUGGCCCAGAAGGAGAGCGACCUGCACUUUGUGCUGUCGAAGUACGCAGACGAGGCAUGCAAGCUGUCAAUACUGCAAAGGCAGAAUGAAGAGUUGUCUGGUACUCACGGUUCCACAGAGAAUAACCUUCCAAAACCAAUGGUGAGUGCAUUCGCCAAGCCGGAACGCUCAAUAUCUGGGAAGCAACAGGUGUCUAAGGUUAGGAGUAGGAGCAGAAGAAUCACAGGAUCUGACAUGCAAUUGCUUGUUGAUCCUCUGGAUAUUGAGAAACCAGAGUGGAUAUCCAGACCUUCAAGUGCCCCACAUCAGUGUCUGGAUUCACCUAAUACAGACUCAAAAAUGAUUGUCUCAGACACAUGUCACAGAGAGCUCACCCCUGAUGGUUUCUCUGACAAUUAUGGCGAAUGGAUUCAUGACGUUUUGAAUGUAAUCAGACAUAAGCAUCAAGGGAGUAAGAUAUGUGUAGAUGUCAUUCUUGAUGAAGUAACACAUGCACUGAAGAAUGAGAUAUCUGCCAAAGAAAAUGAUGGUGCACACUUUUCCUAUUACAGGGCAGAAAUAGACAAAAUGGUGGCUACUCUGAUAGAAAGAAUCAGCAGCAUGGCUGAAAGAUCUACCAAAAACAAUGUUAUGAGUUUUCGAUCACUUUCUCAUGAAAAGUCUGAACUCACUUUGCGACUUGAGCAUCUAGUUCAUGUCUGCAGUGACGUAUUAUAUGGAAAGGCUAAUCUUGAAAGGCUUACUGAUGAACUUUGCUUGAUCCUAGAGUGGAUAGUAAGCCGAUGCCUUUUAUGUGAUGAUGAACUAGACAUUGUGGACUACAUAACAAAUAAUUCUGAUGGAAAUGAGUCCCAAAGGACAUUAAGCAUUCAUGAAAAAGAUAUAAUGAAGAGUACAAAAUCAAAAAUGGUUUUAGGAACUCAACAAGAGAGACAAAGAUCGGUUGAAACAACUGAAGACUUAAUCCCUGAUGUAAUAUUAGAAAACUAUUCUCAGAUUGACUUGAUCACUUCUAAGCUUGUUGAAGACUUAGUGGCUCUUAGACAAGAGCAGGGUGAUAGUUGUCAGGAACAGCAUCUUGUAUGCUGUGAGGCAAAAAGUGCUGCUUUUGACGGGAGCAAACACAAGUUAUCAGAAGAAGAGGGAAACCAGCUCACAACGACCUCAGCAAUAUCUGCAGCAGCCAGGAAACUUGCAGAAUGCCAAGAAACAAUGGCAAAUCUAAGUAAGCAGUUGCAUGCUCUGGAAAGUCCGGCAAAUACAGAUCCAUCAGAUAAAGAGAAAUGUGGUACCCUACCCCCGUCAGCUGAGCCUGAUGCAACUGAGAAGAAAGAACACGGUGAGCCUGAUGCAAAUGCAACUGAGAAGAAAGAACACGAGCAAGAUUCUGGCCGAAGUCUACAGUCUGCUAAAAGUGCUUCGACCCUGGUUAUUGUUCGUCCGACGGUCCCGAAGUCACCCCGACCACCCGUUUCUGUUGACACAAAAAAGAAGAAGCGGCGUGCUAAUCUUCUGGGCAGGCUUGUCUUCAGAAAGAAAGCAUAA